GCACUCGGGGGCCACAGUGUCGAGUGGUGCUCCACGCCGGAAGUUGUGCAAAGUGGUGCAGUAAUGGCUGAGGAUAUUGCUUUGGUGGCCAUCAAUGUGGGCAUUUGGCGGCGUCUGGCGGUGCUCUAUCCCAGUCCGACGACCCGCUGGCGGAAGUACGCGUUUGUGUUGCCCGUUUGCCUGAUGAAUCUGAUGCAGUUCAUCUUCUUGCUGCGUAUGUGGGGCGAUCUGCCUGCCUUCAUACUGAAUCUGUUCUUCUUUUCGGCCAUACUCAAUGCCCUGAUGCGCACGCUGUUCGUCAUGUGGAAGCGUUUGGCGUUCGAGAAGUUUCUGGAGCAAUUGACGCAUAUCUAUCGGGAGAUCGAGGCAUCCAGCGAUGAGUGCAGUCGAAAUCUGUUGGCCAUGGCCGUGGCCGAGUCGCGUCGCCUGGCCAUAUUCAAUUUGACGGCCUCGUUUCUGGACAUUUUGGGCGCACUAAUCUUUGCUUUGUUCCUGGAGCAACGCACCCAUCCGUUUGGCGUUGCCCUGCCGGGCAUGGAUAUGCAGCGCACACCCGUCUACCAGAUACUCUAUGUGCUGCAGUUGCCCACUCCCGUCGUGCUCACCAUCAUGUACAUGCCCUUUGUCAGUCUAUUUGCGGCCUUUGCGCUCUUUGGCCGGGCCUUGCUGCAGAUAUUGGCCCACAAGUUGUCACGCAUCGGCCAGCUGCAGUCGGAGGAGCAGCGCUAUCAAAUGUUGAUUGCUUGCAUUCAAUUGCACAUUACCAUUGCCAGAUAUGUACGUAAUUUGACAGCACUUGUCAGCUCUAUCAUAGGAGCCGAGGCUCUGAUCUUUGGCGGUAUUAUAUGUGCGCUACUGUUCUGUUUAAAUAUAAUCACCUCGCAAACGCAGAUGAUCUCAAUAAUCAUGUAUAUCUCGACCAUGCUAUAUGUGCUCUACACCUAUUACAAUCGUGCCAACGAUUUGAUGAUUGAGAGCUUGCGCGUCUCUCAGGCUGUUUACAAUGUGCCGUGGCUGGAGUGUGGAAUGGCUUUUCGGAGAACUCUUCUGAUCUUUUUGAUGCAAACGCAAAGGCCUUUGGUGAUAAAGGCGGGCCACGUUUACCCCAUGACUUUGGCCAUGUUUCAGAGUCUGCUGAAUGCAUCCUAUUCGUAUUUUACCAUGUUGCGUGGCGUGACCAACAAAUGAGCUGGAAGCCAAAAACUUUUCGGGCCAUAAGCCAGGCAGCAGCAGGAGGAGGAGAAGGAGGAGGAGCAGGAGGACAGGGGCACAGGGGCGUGGCAAUCUGAGUAAUGCAAAAAGUUGUUGUAGCUCGUUGUAGUCCGGGCAUUUGCAUAUGCUAUUCGUUUGCGUAGUUAUUUUGAAAGGAUUUAAUCUGGCUGUUUGUACUCCGGAGUCCGGACUACGGUCUGUAGUGUUGGCAUGUAGAUAUAGUCGUAGUCAUAGCAUUUGUUGUUGUUGUAGUUGUAGUUGUAGGUGUAGCUAGUGCGAGGCAUCUGUGCAAAUAGUUUGUAGCGUUGCCUGGGUGGGUAGAGCGACGUAUUUCUGUUUGCUUUAAGUCUUUUGUAUGCUUAGCAAUGCUUCACUUAGUUGUUUUAAGCGCAGCUCAUGCAAUAUCUGCUUUCGUUUUGAUGCCUCUGAGCUAGGCUAUAAAUGUUCUAUUUAAUUGCAAAGAUAUGCCAAAGUAAAUAGCUGAAAGCCAAGUUGAGAACUAGUAAAUUCCAGUUCGGCCUAAAAGUAUGCUGCAAUAAAUUGAAUAUAUAUUCAAUCAAGCAAAAUGAUUUAGCAGCUUAAAAUUGAUAAUAAAAUAUAGAAAAUUGAGUAAUAAAAUUGAUUUAGAAAAGAAUGAGAAAUUCGUGAAAGGGCAGGACUUAUACAUCAAUUGUUUAUAAUUUUUUUCCCUUGAAUUUAAGUUUAUGUAAUUAGAGUAUAGUCUAAAGAUGUGUGUGCUACGUAGUUAAAGUGCUAACGUAGUUAAAGACCUGCCGACUAAUUUAUGAGAAUCGCAUAGAAAGACAGCAGUUAAAAGUUAACGUUGAUUGCCGUUCAGUCUGCUCGAUUCCGCAAUAAGAUAAGUUUACAAUGAACAUAAACGAAUUGAAUUCAUGAGAAUUGCAUAGAAGAGCAGCAGUUUAUUUCGAUUGGCAAACAGACUUCAAUUCAUGAGAAUUACAUAGAGCAGCAGCAGUUAACUGCGAUUGCCUAACAUAAUUUCACACUGAAAUCGAGUGGAAGCUAGUUUGAAGUCGUUUUUGCUUGCGCUUUUUAAUUAAAAGGCCCCAAACUCACU